GGGAGGGGGCAACGCUGUUCCAGAAGGAUCUGCGGGAGAGAAGGGAGAUGCUGGAACCGAAGCAGAGCAUCGGGAGGAGCUGCACCGGCGGAGGGGGGUCGGAGGCUUCCACGGGGCGAUCCGCUCUGAACAACGGCCGUCUGUGCCCCCCUUCCAUCCCCAUGCAGAAAACAGCAAUAAAUACACCCCCCCUCCCGCCCCCCCUCCCGGUACGAUCCUCCCCAGUCGUUAGCGCUCGGCUCACCUGCACCGGGCUCUGCUCUGAGCCGCAUCCCCCGCAGCGUCCCCUACAGCAUGUAGAUGAUGUAGGACAGGAUCACCAGGCCGAUGAUGGCGAAGAACAUCAGGAUGAAAAUAUCCAGCAUGGCGAGGAGCGAGCGGCGGCCGGGGCUCAGCCGCGUCCCCAGAGCCGUCCCCGACGUCCCCUCCGCGCGUCCCGCAGCCCCGCAGCCCUACAGCCCCGCAACCCCACGGCCCCGCAGCUCGGGGAGGCGAUGCUGACCCCCGCAGCUCGGAGAGGCGAUGCCGAUCCCCGCAGCCGGCUGGGAGAUAAAAGGGUGGGCGCACGCGUGCAGCCCGGCUGCGGCCCCGCAAGGCGCUCCCGGAGGCUCCGGUUGCGCUCCAUCGGCCCGAGAUGCCCCCGGGGCUCCGGAGACCCCACGUCCGCCUGGAAAGGGGUUCACCCCACGGGGGGAGCGGCUCCCAGCAAAGCGAUGCCGCCGCCCGGCGCCCCGCAGAGCACCGCACCCAAGCGGGACCCUUUGCAGCGCCCUUUGCCUUCGGGUUCUCACCCCAUUUCAGUCCGUCCCGAAGCAGUCGGUGAGCGGCAGCAGCGGCCACGCAGCCGGGUUUAUUUUUUCAGCCGUUCUGUGGCUGUGGAUGACAUCCAGCACAGCUCAGCCCGGGGUGCAGAACGGGGCAGCAAACCCCAAAAAGCAGCAGGAGCCACUCCUGGCGCCGCUCAGAAUCGCAGGAAAGGAUUUCCCGAGGAAGAUUUCCCAAGAAAUAAGGAUUAUUUUUUUCGAGUUUUUAACUGCGAGCCUUCUGGUUUGCAUCACCAAAGGGAGCGUAGAUGGAACGGGAACAGCAAACGGAGCUGGGAGAGGCAAUGGGGUGAGCAGAGCCACCCACCUCCGAGCCCUCACCCCCUGCUCAGGGCUGGAUGCAGAUGCUGAACCCCCCCCUGGGCUGCACCCAGGGCCAAGGAUCUGCAGGGUCCCCACGUCUUCAGGUCCCCCCACAUCCCAGAGGCACGAGGGAACAGCUGGCACGCUGCAAUGACACCAGCACCACAGGCAGGUAGAAACCAUACUUUUAUUGUGGAGGAAACCAGCAAGGAGGAUCGAUCGGUCUGUUCCAUUCGAGGGUCGGGUUAAAAAGGCCAAAGGAUGGAUUGUCGGUGGGUGCUCAGCCCCAUGGGAAGGAGAACAUGAGGACAGACCCCAACCAAGUGGUGGAUCCAAAGGAAACACCUUCCAAGCACUGAGAUGUGAUCAGGGCAGCCGAGAAGGGCGAGGUUUAUUUUACACGUGACGAGAAGCGAUUCAGCUUUUCCAUUUCUUUUUCUUUCUUUCUUUCUUUCUUUUUUUUUUUUUUUUAACGUUUUUUUAUUCAUUUAUUUAUUUUAAAUACAGGUUUAGGUGCUUUUCAGCUAUGAAAAAAGGCAAAAAAGUGCAUAAGUCGAGAGAAAAGGCAGAAAUGAAGCAGUUAAGAGGUUUGUUUCCCACGGUGGGGGAGAAGAGGCGCGGAGACUCAGGACAAUGGUUCCAAGGUAGCAUUAAAAAAAGGUCUGUAUACCAAAACGUGA